GCGGAGCACCAGCCAGCCAACCACCCGGGCACACUCGGACGCCUGCGCUGAGAGCAAUUGUUCCGCGCUGCUGAUACCGCCGCCGCUGCUCCUUCUUCCCAUUCCCACUCACCAGCACACCUCGCGGCAUGCGACGGGUCGACCAGCCGUGCUCCCGAUUCCGUGCCUGAACCGCUACGCUGCGCUUGCUUCACCCGCACCAUCUCCGCAUCCUUCCACGGCAGACCGCUCCCCUCGCAGCACGCCCACUUCCAAGCACCGCAGUGCCCCCGACGUGAGCUGUGACCUCCUCAAUCCGCUCGUACCUCCACCACACAUCACGAAAGACUUCGGACGGCUGGUGAGCAGCCUCAGCUUCCACAAUGAAGGCUGCUCCGCUCCUCGUGUCCUGGCACAAUGACAACACGCCAAUUUACUCGGCACACUUCGAGCCCCACGCCAAGGGACGCCUGGCUACGGCGGGCGGCGACAACAACGUGAGGCUCUGGAAGGUCGACGCCAACGGCGACGAGCGGAAAGUCAGCUACCUGGCCACCCUCGCAAAGCACUCACAAGCUGUGAAUGUUGUGCGAUGGUCUCCAAAAGGUGAGAUCUUAGCCUCCGCCAGCGACGAUGGAGUCGUCAUCCUCUGGGUGCCGUCUGAGAACCCGCCCAUGAAGCAAUUGGGAGACGACGGGCCGGAAGACAAGGAGGCAUGGAGGGUCAAGCACAUGUGCAGGUCCAUGGGCUCCGAGAUUUACGACCUUGCCUGGUCCCCCGACGGUGCCUUCUUCAUCACCGGCAGCAUGGACAAUGUUGCCCGCAUAUACAACGCCCACACAGGCGCCGUCAUACGACAAAUUGCUGAACACAGUCACUACGUGCAGGGUGUGGCAUGGGACCCGCUCAACGAAUUUGUUGCUACGCAGUCGUCGGACCGAUCGGUGCACAUCUACAGCCUCAAGAACAAGAAUGGCGAAUUUACGCUGGACCCGCACAGCAAGGUCACUAAAAUGGACCUGCCUGCACGCAGAAUAUCUUCAAACAGCCCUGCUCCGCCAGAUUUUGGAGGACGAGCGUCCUUUGUCGCACACGGAUCGGCUCUUGCCGUUUCACCCGCCCCAUCUGCCCCCGGCACUCCCCAGUCGCUGGCUCUCCCGAUGAACCCACCGCCUACAUCGCACAGCCGUCGAUCAUCGUUUGGCUCGUCACCGUCGAUGCGGCGCUCAGCUUCACCUGCGCCUUCCAUGCCUCUGCCUGCGGUCAUGCCCAAUUCGCCCAGCAUCGGCAGUCUCGCUACCGGCAACCAUCCUGCUCUUGGAGGAGUGAGGAACGCUCCCAUAUACGCCAAUGAGACUCUUACAUCAUUCUUCCGACGUUUGACAUUUGCGCCGGACGGUAGCUUGUUGUUCACCCCCGCAGGCCAGUACAAGACUGUACUGCCAUCGCUUACGGAUGCAACCAAAACCACCGAGGAUAUCAGCAACACUGUGUACAUCUACACGAGAGGAGGGCUGAACAAACCACCUGUGGCAUAUCUACCAGGACACAAGAAACCGUCCGUAGCGGUGCGGUGCUCACCUAUUUACUACACCCUUCGCCAAACACACCCUCCCACCAAGCAAAUAACGAUCGACACCUCAUCUGCCGACGAUGAAAUUCCUGCAUUGCCCGAGCCCGCUAUGCCAUCAAAGGCGCCCACCUCCAACGCAUCUAUGGAUCCGCCGCCGCUGACAAGUGCACCGUCCCCUUCGCCAAGCGUGGCUGCUGCAUCCCCGAGGCCGGCAGAAGGCGAUGUUGGAGCGUCAGGCGUCCCGCCCCCGGGACCAAUUUCGGCUUUCACCCUACCCUACCGCAUGGUGUAUGCAGUUGCGACACAGGAUGCGGUACACGUCUACGAUACGCAACAGCAGAAACCACUGUGCAUAGUUAGCAACUUGCACUUUGCUACCUUUACUGAUCUCACGUGGUCGAACGAUGGAUCUACUCUUCUGAUGAGCUCUUCUGAUGGGUUCUGCUCGUCCUUGACAUUUGCCACUGGUGAGCUAGGAGAGAGAUACACUGGACCAACGGCCAAGGAAUCGCGACAUUCGCACACGCCCUCGAUUGACACUGCAGCAUCGCGAACUUCGAAUAACACUACGCCUACCCAGACACCCACAACUUCCAAUAUGCCAGCGUCGAGUGUGGCAACGGCGGCUCCAAUGACCAGGCAGCCUUCAGCAGGCUUUCCGGCUUCUCCAAGCUCCUUCGUCCCAGCCAGACCGGGCAGUCCGACUCGGAGCAACUCCGUCUCAAGCAUAGCGACAGCUUCAUCGUUCGCUCCUGGCGCAGGCGAUAUGGGCGUAAUGAACGCGCCCACGCCUUCAAUGUCCGCAGUGCCUAGUUUGGCAGCAGCAAACUCUGGACCCGUGGGUGUGCCCAUGUUCACACCGCCUUUGACCCCAGCGCAUGGCCACGGCACUCACAGUGCGAGCAGCUCCGUCAGCGGCAUUCCUGGAGUGGCUGGAGGUCACCGACGAGAGAGCGAGUCGGAACGUGAAGACAACGUUUCACCACGCAAGAAGCGCGAUCUGCAAGCUGUGCCAGAAGUGGAGGAAAUCAGAGAAACGAAGAAGCGGAGGAUUGCUCCCACGCCAGUUACAUUGCCUUCCGUGGAGACGAACGACAGCGCGGUGGUGAGCACCACGGAGAACACUCCCACAACUCAGACAUCGGCGCAGCAAUGAGCGCCCAAAAGUCAGCAGUACGAUAUUGGAGGUUGGGCAUUGUGUGUUUUGUUUUCGUUCCCUUUUACACGGCGUCAAUGGCAAUACCCGACGGCGUUCAGGGUAUAUGGUAUCCUUGUACUUCGGACAGCUUGUCAUGUAUGUGUAUACUCUAUAUUGUAGCUUUUGUACGGUACGCGACGACGCGCCGGGCUUGUGCUGGUCAUACGUACACUGAGACGGCGUUUAUGAGGUAUGGACACGACAUUAAGGAUGCGGGAUAUUGAGGGGCUUCAAUGGUUGGGCUUGAAGGAAUUCUAUGCAGUGUCUGUCUUUGAGUAUGAUUAGAUUCUGCGCCUGCCCAGAUGCGUGCUGGAUUAUGCAAUACUAUUAUUGAAAGGGGUCUCUAGCAUAUGGAAGGCGCCCCAGGAGCACAGGUAGGUGCGCGGGAGUUGUAUAUAGGCGCACUGUUGUACAGACCAAUCUAUCACU